GUUUCUCGGACGCCAUCGUGUAAAUUCCCCCAGUCCAAUAAAGGAGUUUGUUUUUUAGAAUGGUAUUUAUCUAUUCUCCGUUUUUCAGUGAAGUUUAUUGCUUGUAAUAUCACUAAAAUCACAUUUUCGGAUUUAUGAAAAAAACGUGUUUGUGGAAAUGUGAACUAUUGUUAUAAUAUAAACCUACCUCGUGAGGAAUUAUAUUUUCGGCGCACAACGUUGACCAAGAAAACCGUCAAAUAGGGGAAAGUGGCGAAUGCAUGACCAGCUCCGUGCUUCUACUCCAGCUGUGGAUCAAAUCUACAUGAUGAGUGAAUCAGCAGCUUGAUUUGACGUUUUUACCACCACAGAAUCCAAAUCCUCCACACCACCCUCAGGAAUUGUUACCAUCACUGGAGGUCUAUCUCCACUCACCUGGAUGAUGCAGACUACUCAGCCCUCCGCUUGUUGUCCCGCCAGUCUUUUGCUGCCAGCUAAGAACGAGAAAGGAAGGAGCAACAGGGCGCUAUUCUAAGUCGUGCUCGCUCAUCUUUGGAGAUGAAUCACAAAACGGCUGAAUACAGCGUGGAAUAUACCGUAGGUGAAAAUGAUGAGAACUCUGACAUAGAAAAGGAAUCUGAUGAGAGUUCCUCUGAAACCUCCAACAGUUCUGACUCGGAGGAAGCAGCUCUACCUCCCCCCAUUGAAAAUGGAGUAACCUGCCAAAAGUGUGGCCGGGGACCCUUCAGGUCCGUGAAGCGGCAUUUGCUUUACUGCCAUGGGGUGCAGGAAAAGUUCCAGUGCAUUUUGUGCAAGCUUUUCUUUUUUAGUGAGGAGACACUCCGAGAACACCACAUGCCUCUGUAUUUAUGUCACAGCUGUGGGCAGGUACUUCCCACCAAGAACUCAUUCAACCAGCACCCGUGUAGAGGAGCCAAAUCCACUUUGGUGCUCUUCUGCUCUGAGUCGAUGCCCAAAGCGUGCAACUUAUGCAAGUCCUUUUUCUCCUCUGAUAAAACUUUGUCAAUCCAUCUCACCAAAGUUCACUCUUCUGUUAUCAAAACCAAACGCAUCUUUGUUGCAUGUUCAUCGUCAUUGACAGAAGCCGGAGAUGCACAGAAGGAAGCUGUUAGCAGGAAUCUCUGUGUCGACGAAGCUCCAGACACUCAGGACUCGAACGUAGACGCUCCAACAACGCUCUCUAUCCUAGCCCUUUUUGAGAAUGAGAGCCGACAGUGGGAUCUGAUGAAGCGGAUGAACACAGGAUGGCGCUCCAAGACCCCCUGUCCCUGCAGGCAGUGCGGCGCCAUCUUCCGGCAGCCCUCCUUCGCCAUCAGCCACCGCUACCUUCAUCGAGGCCAGCGCUCACACCUCUGCCAGUGCGGUCGAGCUUUUAGGCACCAGCUGCAUCUCCUGCGGCACUGCGUUCAGCACGCUGAGGCUUUGAGCUACAUCUGCGUUGGCUGCGGGGACACUUUCUCCGGAGCAAAACAUUUAACACGGCACCUAACAGGCAAACAGUGGAAACAGUCUCAGUGUGGAGAGAGGGUGAAAGAAAGUAGGGAGAGAAAGUGCAGGAUGCCUUUUAUGUGUAUCUGCGGCCUGGUGUUUUUGAGGCCCUCGGCCUACAUAUGGCACCAAAUAAGAAACAGAGCUGAAACAAAGAGCCACUGAAGAAAUGAGAUAUCCCAUAAAAAAUAAGUUCUGUUUUAUUUUUUAUUUAAAAUACCACUAUUGAUCAAAAGGGGUUACAA